UCCCCACCGCGCUCCCCCAUGCCCGCCUUUGUUCGCAUCACAACAAUCCCUGAACAGAUGGUGCUCUGCUUGGGAAUCGAGUGACAGCCACCGGCUAGCAACCAAUCGCCUGCUCGGGAAUCAGCUGACUCGCCUGGACAGCGCCAGGUGCUGUCAUCAUAUUUUCCUUGGCGACGCAGCACGGGUUCCACAGUAACACGGAGACACAGCGGAUGGGAGCCAGUCAGCGCAUUCCUGUUGCAAGGAUCCAUGCAAAACCUGACCAUGCGCUUGGCGAAGGUUGCACAUGCAUAUUCGCGGAGUGGAUCUAACGAAAUGAUGCCGCUAUAAUCGUUAAGCAGUUUAUCAUACGGAACUUAUGAACGACGUGAUGGUAUUUAUUAUCUAUGGAUUUUCUUUAAGUGCUCAUUCUUCUGUUCACAAGGACAUAGAUACUGUAUCUAGAUACUGUAAGUGCAUGAACCAGUCAGCGCGGAGGGAGGACUUCAAUGCCAUUCGGAACGUGUAGCAAGCCAAAGAGGCCAACUCUCCAGUCUAAGGUUCACACUGUGAGGAAGUUUCAAACCUAUAUGAGCCCACGGGAACUACACCCUUUUAAAUCUUUCGGAAGCUCUUUGACUUUGCUGUUCAAGCUUGCAGAGGGAUAAAAGGACUAUUCUGCAACACUUCUAUUGAAUGAGAAUCUCACCUCACCAUCUCUUUGGUGCUAUAGGAAUUCCAGCUCAGAUCUGAUAAGAUAAACAAAUACAAUCAGAAUGGCAAGAGGGACUUUCUUUUUUGUUGUGCAGGGCCAGAUUUGUUUCUUCCUGUUUUUGGCUUUACUUGGCCUCUCUUCAGUUCAGAGUACAGAAUGUCCGCAGCUUUGUGUGUGUGAGAUCCGGCCUUGGUUCACACCCCAGUCCACCUACAGAGAAGCAACUACUGUUGAUUGCAAUGACCUUCACCUUACGCGCAUCCCUGGGAACCUGUCCGCUGACACGCAGGUGUUGCUUCUGCAAAGUAACUACAUUGCCAGAACUAGUGAGGAACUGGAGCAGUUACUGAAUCUCACAGAACUUGACCUGUCUCAGAACAAUUUCAGCAACAUCCGUGAUAUCGGCCUGACCAACAUGUCACAACUCACAACGCUUCACCUGGAGGAAAACCAAAUAGUCGAGAUGCCUGACUUCAGUUUGCAAGACCUCACCAAUCUACAGGAGCUGUACAUUAAUCACAAUCAGAUCAGCUCCAUUGCACCCAAUGCCUUCGCCGGAUUGCGUAACCUUCUGAGACUCCAUCUGAACUCCAACAGACUCAAGGCCAUUGACAGUCGUUGGUUUGAAUCAACCCCCAACCUGGAGAUCCUGAUGAUUGGGGAAAAUCCUGUGGUCGGCAUCCUGGAUUUGAACUUCAAACCUCUUACCAACUUGAGAAGCCUGGUCCUCGCAGGAAUGGAGCUCACUGAUAUCCCAGGCAAUGCGUUUGUUGGACUAGACAACCUGGAGAGUCUCUCCUUCUAUGACAAUAAACUAGUUCGGGUGCCACAGACUGCUCUGCAGAAGCUUCCAAACCUGAAAUUCCUGGAUUUGAACAAAAAUCCAAUACAUAAAAUUCAAGAGGGGGACUUUAAGAACAUGCUAAGGCUGAAAGAACUUGGCAUUAACAACAUGGGAGAACUUGUGUCCAUUGAUCGCUUUGCCCUGGAUAACCUCCCAGAGUUGACCAAACUCGAAGCCACCAACAACCCCAAGUUUUCCUACGUGAGCCGUUUAGCAUUCCGUGACUUGCCGUCACUAGAGAGUCUAAUGCUCAAUAACAACGCUCUAAACUCCCUCUACCAGGCUACGGCGGAGUCCCUGCCCAACCUGAGGGAGAUCAGUAUCCACAGCAACCCGCUGCGCUGCGACUGUGUAAUUCAGUGGAUGAGCUCAAACAAGACAAACAUUCGAUUUAUGGAGCCUCUUUCCAUGUUUUGCGCGAUGCCACUUGAGGUUAGAGGUCAGCGUGUGAGAGACGUGCUUUCUCAUGAAACUUCAGGCCAGUGUCUGCCCAUGAUCUCUCACGACACUUUCCCCAAUCACCUCAACCUAGACAUCGGAAUGACGGUAGACCUUGACUGUCGUGCUAUGGCCGAACCUGAACCGGAAAUAUACUGGGUGACCCCAUCUGGUAACAAAGUCAUGAUGGAUACAGUGUCCGAUAAAUACCAACUCAGCAGUGCAGGAACUCUGCGCAUAUCCCAUAUUCAGGUGGACGACUCUGGCCACUACACCUGUGUGGCCCAAAAUACAGAAGGAGCGGACACUCGGGUGACCGCCAUUCGAGUCAAUGGAACUCUUCUGGAUAGCACCCAACUUAUGAAGAUCUAUGUGAAACAAACCGAGUCCCACUCAAUUUUAGUGUCCUGGAAAGUGAACUCCAAUGUCAUGACGUCCAAUCUAAAGUGGUCGUCUGCCACCAUGAAAAUUGACAACCCUCACAUCACCUAUACAGCUAAAGUUCCUGUAGAUGUUCAUGAGUACAACCUCACACACCUUCAACCAGCCACUGAGUAUGAGGUCUGUCUCUCAGUCUCCAAUAUCCACCAGCAGACCCAAAAGUCAUGCGUCAACGUCACAACCAAGCACGCCACGUUUGCAGUGGAAAUCUCAGAGCAAGGCACCAAUACGGCUCUGGCAGGUGUCAUGGGCACAAUACUGGCCAUCAUCAGCCUAGGCUCCAUCACGGUGUACAUUGCAAAGAGAUGGAAGAGGAAGAACUACCAUCACUCCUUAAAGAAGUACAUGCAGAAAACCUCCUCCAUCCCCCUAAACGAACUGUAUCCUCCCCUCAUUAACUUAUGGGAGGCAGACAGUGAAAAGGACAAGGACGGUUCUUCAGACACUAAGCCAACACAGGUGGACACAACAAGAAGUUAUUACAUGUGGUGAAGCUUACCAGACGUUUUUUCUUCUUUAGAGCACAAAGACACAUCUUUACUUAUUUGUGCGUAAAAAGACAUGGAUUUCUUUUUUUUCUGCUUUGCUUACUUGCAAGCAACUAUUCAGACUGAUAUCUCUGACUUUUUAGUAGAGUGUAUUGCCUUUUCAUCUUCUUUAACUUUCAAUAUGGCAGCUUUGUUUAGCUUCCGAGACAUGUUAGUAGCUGUGCUUUUUCUUUUUGUUCAUUAUAUUUUCAUAGCACAGCAUAGAUAAUGUCAAGGAUUGACUUUGGGUCGAUUGAUGCUGUAGUACUGUAUCUGAUCCAAUAUUGAUAUGUCUUUGGCAGUAUUCAUAGAGAAUGCAUUGUUUCUUUCUCUCUUGCGUAAGACAGUUUAACUGUUGUGCACUGAAAUAUAUUAACAAAUUUGUCUUUGGACUCCAGUGUAAGCUGACAAGGUGAGUUUAGACUUGAUACACUGUCUAUUGAAAAAUGUUAGCAAUUGUUCUGUAAUGUUGUAUCAACUAUAAUUUGAACAUUUUGGGUUUUCUCAAAAGUAAUUUUUGAUUUAGAACUAAACUUUGCAGAUUAAAGAAUUGUAAACCAGCAAUAGAAAUGUGAAUGUUAAAUAAUUAGGUUGUAGAAAAAUGCUUUUUUUAAUUACUCAGAUUCUUCUUCUUUUUUUUUUUUAAUUGGCUAGAAUCUGUUAAUCAUUUAAUUUUGUUGUAAUUUACACAUGCAAAAUAUGUUGCAUAUUACAGUGCAAACAAAAAUAAAAUACAGUUUUGUUCUAAUAUUUUUUAUACAAUGA